GAGGCUGACUUGGCAAGCCGACGCUGGAGACGGUGUGGAUGUGUAUGAAAAUAUCUUCAAGAUUUUGUUCUUGCAUUUAGCGCAAAUUAUACACUUCUUAAAAAAGAAUUUAAGAUUUAAGUGAACAUAUUUCAUCAAGAAGAAAAGUACUACUCAGUCGAAUCAAACGUGACAGUGUAGACAUGUCUCUAUACGAGUUGUCUGUGAUAAUGAGAAACAUGUCUAAGGCUAGAUUGGUAGAGGCAAUAAAGAGGGUUGCUGAGUCAGUCAUCAAUGAAGGAGGUUAUGUGAGCAAGAUUGAAAGUUUAGGCACUAAAGACCUGCCUUACAAGAUGUCAGCACAUGGACAAGUCCACACAAAAGGAAACUACAUUUUGAUUAAGUUUGCUGCACCGCCCACUACCAUUGGUGAUAUAACUGACAACUGCAACAGAGAUGUUGACCUAGUGCGGAAUUUUCUGUCAAGGAUUGAGCCACUUCCACACUUCAAAUGCACUCUUCAUGAAGAGAUUAAGCCACCAUCAUUUAGAUGUGACGUCCAGAAAAUGAUUCAAGAAGCUGAAAGCAGACGUCCUCGUCACCUUAAGAAAAAAUUCUCAUUAAAUACCGGCAUUGGGUACAAUCCUUUUUGAAUCAUUCAGUCUUGCAUCUCAAGACUGUUCUGGUGUAACUCGAUGCAUCACAAAUGUUUGUAAAUAUAAUUGUAAUAAAUGGUACUAUACA